CCUCUCUCUUUCUCUGCACCUGCCAAAACUGAAUCAGUAGUCAGUCCUUUUGAAUUCCAAUUUAGCUCAUUUAACUCUAUCAGCCUCUCAAUGAUCAUUCGUUCUGUACUCUAUCUUUCAAGAAAUUGUCAGAACAAAAAAAAUUAAGUUCUGGGAUUCUCUACUUUCUCAGAUAAAGUUCUGGGAUUUUCUUGAUUUUGGUUUCUGACAUAUUAUACGAGUGUUCAAAUUUUUUCCGGGAAAUCUCAGGGGUGGCAAGCCAGGAAAGUCAAGUUGGAGCUGAUUGCUGAUAAAAAUUGAAUUUUGGGAACUGGGACUGAUUGAGUAGUUUUGAUUAGUACAUUUGGAUUUCCGAUGGGUUCAAGAAAGAAUAGAACUUCUGCUAUUAAUGAAGCCACAGAGUUCUUUAACCAGCUGUUAGUGGAUAAGCCUCUUUUGCCUCUCGUAGUUCCCCUGUUGUUUGUACUUUGGGGUAUUGAGAAGUGGUUUUUCUCUCUCUCAAAUUGGGUUCCUUUGGCCGUUGCAGUCUGGGCUACUAUUCAGUAUGGGAGUUAUCAACGUCGUAUUCUCACAGAAGACUUGAACACAAAAUGGAAGCAACUGAUACUACAGACCUCGUCAACAACACCUUUGGAGCACUGUGAGUGGCUCAACGUGCUGUUAACAGAAGUUUGGCCCAACUAUAUUGGGCCUAAGCUCUCCUUAAGGUUCGCUUCUAUUGUCGAGAGACGUUUAAAGCAUAGAAAGCCAAGCCUGAUUGAAAAGAUUGAAUUGCAGGAAUUUUCGUUAGGUUCACACCCACCUAUCUUAGGUAUUCAUGGGGCUAGUUGGUCAACUUCAGGUGAUCAGAGAAUUCUGCGUUUCGGUUUCAACUGGGAUGCUACAGACAUGAGCAUUAUGUUGUCCGUUAAGUUGGCAAAACCACUCAUGGGAACUGCACGAAUUGUUAUCAAUAACAUGCACAUCAAGGGUGAUAUGCUUUUAAUGCCGAUCCUGGAUGGAAGAGCACUUUUAUACUCAUUUAUGUCUACUCCAGAGGUGAGACUAGAUGUCGCUUUUGGAAGUGGUGGAAGCCAAUCUCUACCUGGAACAGAACUUCCGGGUGUCUCUUCAUGGCUGGUUAAACUUGUUUCUGACACAAUAAGUAAAAGGAUGGUUGAACCUCGUCGUAACUGUCUUGCUUUGCCAGCGGUAGACUUGUAUAAGAAAGCUGUAGGCGGUGUACUGUAUGUUACAGUGAUUUCUGCUAGCAAACUUUCUAGGAAUAACUUGAAGGGAAGCCCCACAAAAAGACAACAGAGCUCAGUGGUAAAUGGACAUAAGGAAGAUCACCUUGAUGACAAAGAUUUGAGGACCUUUGUGGAGGUUGAACUUGAAGAGUUGACCAGGAAAACAAAUGAGCGACGAGGAUCUAGUCCCAGCUGGGAUUCAACAUUUAAUAUGGUUCUACAUGACAACUCAGGAGUUGUUAGGUUCAAUCUUUAUGAGUGCACUCCGGGUAGUGUAAAGUAUGACUUCCUAACAAGCCGUGAAGUCAAGAUAAGAUAUGUUGCGGAUGACUCAACAAUAUUCUGGGCAACUGGUGCGGACUCCACCGUGAUAGCGAAGCGUGCGGAGAUUUGUGGAAAAGAAGUCGAGAUGACUGUUCCUUUUGAGGGAAUAAAUUCUGGAGAGUUGAAAGUGAAACUUGUCUUGAAAGAAUGGCAUUUUUCUGAUGGUUCACAUAGCAUGAAUGGUUCAAGGAUUGGCUCAAGGCAAGCACUCAAUGGGUCAUCAAAAUUUCUUCCAACAACCGGAAGAAAAAUUUAUGUAACUGUUACAGAAGGAAAAAACCUUGUUGUGAAAGACAGACUUGGGAAGUCAGACCCUUUUGUUAAAUUGCAGUACGGGAAGGCAAUUCGAAGAACUAGAACUGUCCCACAUACUUCAGAUCCUACUUGGAAUCAGAAGUUUGAAUUUGAUGAAAUAGGAGAUGGUGAAUAUCUCAAAAUAAAAUGCUAUAAUGAAGAAACAUUCAGAGAAGAAAGCAUAGGUGGUGCUCGAGUAAAUAUGGAAGGCCUUGUUGAGGGAUCAGCAAGGGAUGUUUGGAUCCCUCUUGAAAAAGUGAAUUCCGGAGAGCUGCAUCUUCAUAUAGAAGCAGUGAGAGUUGAGGAUAAUGAAGGAUCAAAGGGAUUGCACAGAUCUACAGACAAUGGAUUGGUUGAGCUUGUUCUUAUUGAAGGAAGAGAUCUCUUUGCUGCUGAUCUGAGAGGAACAAGUGAUCCAUAUGUGAGAGUACACUAUGGAAACUUGAAGAGGAGGACUAAGGUUGUGUAUAAAACUCUAAAUCCGCAAUGGCAUCAGACCUUUGAAUUUCCUGAUGAUGGUAGUCCACUUGAGUUGCACGUCAAGGACCACAAUGCUCUGCUGCCUACAUCAAGCAUAGGUGACUGCGUUGUAGAAUACAAGAGAUUACCUCCAAAUCAGAUGUCCGAAAAAUGGAUACCACUACAGAAUGUAAAAAAUGGUGAGAUCCAUAUUCAAGUAACUAGACGAGUUCCAGAAUUAGACAAGAAGCCACCAGACUCUGAGUCGUUUUCAAUUCAAGCACGCAAGCGAACUUCUAAACAGAUGAAGCAAAAUAUGAUCAAGUUUCAGUCUUUGAUAGAGGAUGGCAAUCUUGAAGGACUUUCAGCAUCACUGAGUGAGCUGGAAACACUGCAUGAUGCUCAAGAAGAGUACAUUUCCCAGGUUGAGAUGGAGCAAAUGCUUCUCCUGAACAAGAUAAAUGAACUUGGUCAGGAAGUCUUAAAUUCCCCAGCUCCCUUGAUUAGAAGAGCCACAAUUCCUUGACGCUGAUGUUAACUUUAGCAAUGUAGUUAGAAUCACAGGAAACCCGUAGUUGCUAAUGCUAAGUAUAGGGUCCUAAGAAAAUUUUUUCAAUCUGUAUAUUGUUUUACCACAUGUAUGUAUGACUGAGAAAUGCUUAUUUUGCCCUGCAAUGAAAAUAUGGCCUUAGAUCCACCCCAGAACUUCAUUUUU